ACAUUUAUCCUUCUUAUUUGCCUGACAGUGAAAGUACAUCAACUUAAACAUUUAUAUUUAAUCUCCCUAAAAUACACAGAAGUAGCUCCUACUGAGGAAUCCCAAAUUUCAUAGUGCAACUUCAAUAGACACAAUUCAUAAUUCUUACCAUACAAUGCUUAGUAGGGGGGCAUUUUAUAAAACUGCAAAGUUUCAUGUUUUCAAAAUUGAACUCCGCAAAACGCAUGAAAAGAAUGCCAAAUUAUGAAAUGAGUGGCAUUUAAGGUAAAUAAAAAGUCUUUUUGUAUUUUCACAAAUUACAUGAGUACAAUGUUUUGAGUUUAAUCAGUGUUUAAGGUUUGACAUUCAUAAUUCUUGACAGUGACGAUACACUGGCUCUGUGGAAAAAUACAUCACUGCAGGCAAAGAAUUCUGUGUUUUAAAAUCCCUGGAUGCUGGAAAGAGUCAACAAAGAGCUAUCUUAAGAUCUUUGUUUUCUGAAGUCGCUUUCAGACAGGUACAUUAAAGCAUUUCAACUCACAACUGAACGGUUAUGUAACAGAGUAUUAAAGACUGAGCGAGAAAAAAUGUAAAAGUUAAAGAAGUCACCACUGAAAAGCCCACUCUGAUCAACUGUUAAUCUGACUAUCACACAGCAAUGUCCUUUGUGUUUUCGUCCAGCAGGGGGAGGCAGGAGAGUUUUGAUCAAAGUAUGGAGGGUUCUGGCCUGCAAGGUGGAGAAGAUCCUCCUGGAAGCCAAGUGUACGAGGUGAUGGUGGUCCAAAACACCACGGUCCCUCACAACUAUCCCUUUGCAGACGUCGCCCUGCUGCAGACCUUCAAGCCGCUUAUCAUCCCCUGUUAUGUUCUCGUGCUGCUGGUGGGUGUCUUUGGCAACUACCUUCUGAUCUACGUCAUCUGCCGCUCGAGGAAGAUGCACAACGUCACCAACUUCUUCAUCGGCAAUCUGGCCUUCUCAGACAUGCUGAUGUGCGUGACCUGCGUUCCCUUCACGCUGGCCUACGCCUUCAACCCUCACGGGUGGACGUUUGGGCGCUUCAUGUGCUACCUGGUGUUCCUGAUCCAGCCCGUCACUGUAUACGUGUCCGUUUUCACCCUCACGGCUAUUGCGGUUGACAGGUACUAUGCUACAGUGCACCCUUUGAAGAAGCGAAUCUCAAUGGCGGCCUGCUCUUACGUGCUGUCUGGGAUCUGGCUGCUGUCGUGCGUGCUGGUCGCCCCCGCUGUGGCCCACACGUAUCAUGUGGAGUUCAGAGACGAGGGUCUGACCAUCUGCGAGGAGUUCUGGUUGGGCCAGGAGACCCAGCGGCUGGUGUACGCCUACAGCACGCUGCUACUGACCUACAUCCUGCCUUUAUCAGCAGUCUGCGUCUCUUACCUCUGCAUCUCCGUUAAACUCCGCAACUGUGUGGCCCCCGGACACCGAACACGUGACCAGGCCGAGGCCCAGCGGGCGCGCAAGCGAAAGAUCUUCAGGCUGGUGUCUCUCGUGGUGGCGGCAUUCGGAGUCUGCUGGCUGCCCAUCCACGUGUUCAACAUCCUGCGCGACAUCGACAUCCGCCUCAUCAACAAGCGUCAUUUUCUGCUGAUCCAGCUGCUGUGUCAUCUGUGUGCCAUGAGCUCGUCCUGCUGCAACCCGUUCUUGUACGCGUGGCUUCACGACCGUUUCCGCGCAGAGCUGCGCAAGAUGUUCACCUGCCACCGUCGCAUCGGUAUACCGGCCAACCACUGCGCCAUGGCGAGCGUCGUGCUAUGAUGCAGUUGUUGGCUUCAGAAAGGCUGAAAACACAUGAAGUGCAAUUUAAGAUCUAUAAAUGGCCCACGAAAUGUACAUAAAAUAAACAUCUGGGUGCAAACAGUGAGAACUGAUUGAAACACUUGUGUAAUUGAGGGACUGCAAAUGCUAACUUGAAUGAUUCAUUAUGUGUAAUUCAUGGAAAUGAUUCAUUGCUAUUUGCUGAAAUGAAACAGAUGAUUGUAACCUUCAUGUUGGGCUUUUCUCAGAGCACUCAAAGAAUCCCACAAGUGUUACAUGGCAUUCGCAACCCAUUUUUUUUCCUGAAUGUGAUGUUUUAUGAGUCAAUUUUAUCCAUCAGGACUGAUUGAAUGGUGAAAAGUGUCUCUAUAUGAAAUGUGGAGAUGUUGGUGACCUUAAUUUAAAAAGGAAAUGUAAGAGUCUGUGCAAGAUAUUCUAUUUUGAGAGUUAAUACAAAAGAAUAUGUUUUACUUGGAAUCACGCAGAAUAAAUCCAGAAACUUGCAUUAAAGAACUUAAUAGGGUGAGUUUUGAUUUCAUGUUAACUCCAUUAAUGACUGUUUUUUGGCAUUUACUUUUCCAUUAGCAGUUUCCUGCUUAUGAAUGAUGGAUGAGGAUCAAGAGGAUUUUGUGAUCAUUCGGUACACUAGAGCUUUAUGAGUGUGUAGUGCCAUGUGUGAAGCCUCACGUGAUAAUCAAAGAUGUUAAAGUCUGAUUCAUAAUGAAGGGAAGAGCCUAGGUGCAGGCAUAUGAGCCAAACACACACACACAUAGAAAAACAGAGAACAAAGUCAUCUGUACUUUGAGGAGAACGCUUCUGUAAGUUUUUCUGUAAUUACUGCAUGUUAUUAUUCAUUAAAAAAAAUAUUACAAUUGA